CAUUCCCGGAAGAUGUCCAUUUCACACUUAUCGUAGUCUAACGUAGUACAGGGGAACAAACUCGACUAAUAACAAACUCCAACCUUAGCUCGUACAACCGAAAUUUUUUCGUCCGCAACUUAAUUUGAGUAAAGCGUAUAGAGCUGUUGAUAGACUGAUAGCUGUUGAUAUUGCAUGUAACGCCACACCUGUGACCGCGUAACGUUAUGUUUACUAAACAUUAAAUCGACAACUGUCACUGUCGCUAAAUACCAGUCUUUUUAACGAUUUGCUAAAAUCAAAAGCUGUUCCUUGGUUGUAGAUUACACUACCCAUGGUUACUAAUAUCGAUUAAGAAUAAAUUAUGUAACGUUAUUGGUCAUCAUUGACUUUUUAAGGAUUGGACGCGGAAACUUUUCCAUCGCGUCUUUUAGUCCACCUUCGUACCUCGACGCUUUGGUCAAUUGUAAAACCUGUCCUGGUUCCUUUUGGUCUCGCUUACUACUACUAGGCUGCAGCCAAACUUUGGUGCCGGGCCAAUCAUUUCACAGGAAAAUGUGACUGCUAGGAAUUCCCCACGCAUCAGCCCCUGUUGGAGAAAACUGCAACCUUGUGUCAGGAAGCCCAUGAAAGCAGCAGGAGGGUGAACUGACCGGUGACUGUGCGAUGAUGCAGCUUUAGUACCAGGGAUAAUAAUGUUCUUCUAACGUCGCCUUGUUUCAUGAGGACAGCCACUAACUGCCUACAUAGAGCCAGGGAAUAUACUCUGCUGAUGACAACUUCUAUCAGGGUGUAGAUGCUCCAGGCGCAGCGGGACCCAGCCUCCGUGUCAGAGAGGGACGAGGCUGCUCCCACCUGGGCCACAGCACUCCUCUGAAACCCGGAUCGUGGUCUCUCUUUCGGAGCGCUAACCACCCAGAUUAGAGAACAGGAGGACGACAGGGAAGCCAUUUUGUGAGGUGAAGCUGAGUCUCUGUCCGUACCGACGAGGAGCCAGGCAUAGUCAUUGCCGGGAUAUUUUAAGUUGCCCUCUGACCUCCACUACCAUGACGACUGCAGUACAGCCCAGCGAACUGGUGUUUGAAUUUGCCAGCAACGGGAUGGACGAAAUCAAUCAGGUGUGCAGUUAUUUCAUCCCCACACCUGUGUCUGAAUCCUGUGGAGCAGGCUUGAUUCUGGACGACCCGUCAGUAUUCCCAGCGGUGAUUGUUGAGCAGGUGCCUGCAGCCGAUCUGCUGCAGGUCUAUUCAGGCCUGGAGUCCGAUGAGGUGACCAACGGCAUCAUGGUGGACACCACUCUACAUGUCGUGGAGGAACCUUCCAUCUCGUUGGGAGGGGUGGACCUCUCGGAAACCAGAGUUUCAGGCGCAGAGGACAGCAUGGAGACGAACGAAGCUGCAGCAGCUCUUCUUAACAUGGAGUCUCCAAACAACAUUUUGGAUGAGAAGCGUAUGACAUACACCUACGGCACUCUGCUGGAGUCAGACUUGACGUACACCCCUCUAAGGCCUGACCAGAUGGAUAAUAGUGGCCUUGACAUGUCCCUAGACGAGGACACUUCAUCCAUGGAUGAGAUACCCCAAAAGUGUCCCUUAAAACCACAGAAAAAAACCAAAGUGCGGAAGCCGCGGGCAGUGCGUCCCUGCUCCCCUAUCACCACCCCUAACCUGCCACUCAGGAAGAAGAGCAAAGAGGGCAAAGGCAACACAAUCUACCUGUGGGAAUUCCUUCUGGCUCUACUGCAGGAUAAAAACACCUGUCCCAAAUACAUCAAGUGGACACAGCGGGAGAAAGGCAUCUUUAAGCUGGUGGACUCCAAGGCUGUUUCAAAGCUGUGGGGCAAACACAAGAACAAGCCUGACAUGAACUAUGAGACCAUGGGAAGAGCUCUCAGGUACUACUACCAGAGAGGCAUUCUGGCUAAAGUGGAGGGGCAGCGGCUGGUCUAUCAGUUUAAAGAGAUGCCAGCUGAUCUGGUGGUGAUCGAGGAUGAAGACACAGUCUCUGAUGCCAACACAGGCUACGGGAAUCAGAGAUCUAGCAACGGACGUUCAGUGGUCCGUGGAGGGUCGAAAGGACACGGGAGGGCUCACAGUCACCACCAAGUCUCAGUGAAGCAGAUGAAGAAGGAGCCUAGUGAUGAAUAUCUGUACCCGGAAACCGACGGCGGACAGACUGAGCAUCUACUUCAGUCUGUCCAUGUGUUUCAGACCAGCCAAGGGUCAGUUGUCCAAGAUCCGGCACAAGCUGUGAGGACCAUCUCUGCUCCUGCAUCACUUCCUGUGGUCCUGACAUCUAGCGGAUCUCUUCAGUCUGUUCCCCUCUCCACUGUUCUGGCCAACGGGGACUCCAAUCACUCCUCCCCCCCUCGGGUUAUUCUCCACACCAUGCCCUCCACCACAGCAGGUAGUAAAGAUGUGCUCACCAUCCAGACGGCAUCUCUAGCAGGUGGAGCCAACAGCCUGCAGGAUGGCCUCCCUCAGCAGCUCCUUGUCACCAGUCUGGGCUCCUCCACUGUCUCCUGCUCCACCUCCUCCUCCUGCACUUCAUCUCCAGGAGUCAUUAGUUCCACCGCUUCCAACAUCAACCUCACUCGCCUGGUUACCAUCAACACAACCUGUGGGCAGACCAUGGUGGCACAGCAGCCCGGCACUGUAAUUGCCACCGUGCUCAAAUCCAGCGACCUCUCUGGGCUGCAUGUCAAAGAGGAGCUGCUGGAUCCCAGCUACUUCCAUUCGAUGGUGAACGGUGAUCCAUCACUGGCAUCACAUACGUUUGAGAGAGAAGAGAUCGAGGUUGGGGAAGCAGAGCUGCAGUAUAGGACUGUGAUCAUUGAUACCAGUCAAAGCCAUGGCCAGGAGGCUGUGAGUGGAACUAUAAUUAAUGGGCAUUCCUCCCAGAACAGCAGCCCUAGUGAGGGCCUGACCCCUGUAGAGGAGCUGGAAGUGCGUGGGGAGAUGUCCCUGCAGCCUGAGCAGGGAAUCAAAGGGCUGCAGGAGCUGCCACUGUCUGUCCAAUUGCCUGCAAACUUUAUCCAGAUAAAGACAGAGCCUGCAGAGGCUUAGGGCUGCAGGACUCCUCCACACAAGCUGAACCAAAAACAACAACCAUUGCAUCAUUUUCACUGCAGACUUGAUGUUUGUUUUUUUUCCUAACACAGUGAUCUGAUCAAAGAUCAGAGCGAGGGAUCUUGCUGGGUGUUGCUCUUAAAAGUUGGUCACUUCAGCCUCAGGAUUUAUUGUUUACUCACAUAUUUUGUGACCAUGUGCCUAAUUUAAAAAAAUCAAGGGAGUGUUUUUCUAAGAAUUCACUUUCCAUAGACAUUGCCCAUUAACCCCAAAACACACAGAUACACACACACACACACACACACACACACACACACACAUAAAGCAAGCUCCCCCUCCAGGAGAACAGCCAUUGGAUUAACCAGGGAUCCCUGUCUACCAAAUGUGCCAGUUAGUAAUUUUCUUAUCUUUCAUCUCAUUAGACUUGUAUGUUAUCAGAGGAGAAUGCAACAAACCAAAACUGGGGACUGAAUGCCAAAUGGUGCAAUGAAAUCAGACUUCUGAGAACGUGCAAAGGGUAUAUGUGUGUGUGUUUUUUUUAAAACCAUAUACAAGUUUCUGUUCCCACGGAUGAGGGAUGGAGUUGGUGUCACGGUGUCCUAUCCGGUGAAAACAAAAACAAAUCUCAGAGUUUAAUUGAAGAGUGCCUUACAGGAAGUUCAAACAGCUCAAAACUCUUUCUUUGUGAAACGUCUGGGAAAAAGAUGAAAAACGGACUAAAUGGCUUUUCAGACUUUCAGACAUCUAAGAACAUAUUACUCAUUUAUUUUCGUAUAAACAAAAAAGGUAUGCAUUCCCUCUCUAUUACUCCUGGCCUUAAAACACUGUGUUACUAUGGAAAUGGACAUUUUCUGUCCACCAAGGACAACCGAACAUCAAAACUGUUUGUAUAGAGCUACAGACCGGAGGCACAGCAAGAUAGGGAGGCACAAAUGGAGAGAAAGAAUACGCAGGAUAAAACUGAUUUUAUCAGCCUCUGCUUCAGGGCCUCCAAGGUUUAAAUCCUGUUUAUAUGAAAUGGAAUUAUAUAUACAUAUAUAUAAAUAUAUAUAUAUAUAUAUACAUAUAAUAUACAAUUGAGAUAAAAUUUUAAGGCCAUAGCGAAUUUAUUUAUUUUGUGAAUUUCUAAAUUCUGUAUAAAGACAGACACAUUUGUCUUCUAUUUACAUGUGUAAACAUGAGGGAAAAUACAAAGAAUAUGAACAUUAAUACCAGGAAGUUUAUUUGGUAUUUUUUUUAAGACCAACAUUUUUAAUUUGUAUAGCAUUUCACAUAAUCAGCUUUGGCAUUUUCUUGAGAUUUGGACUUGAGUGCUCAGUGCAGCAUCAUUAUUCCACUGUUAUGUUAUCUUAUUGUAGAUAUCUCUUUGUUGUGUGUCUGAUUUAAAUAUGUACUGAAUGUGCUUUGGUUCCUUCUUUUCAGCAGACAUACCUCUUUACCUUUUUCAACAGUCAAGCAGUAGGGACUAUGCAUUUGAAACAGUUAUGUUCUGUGUACUGUAUUAAACAUCAGUGUAAUCAGCCAGUAAGUCUUUGACAUCAUAUCUCAAGUUUCUUUAGUUUGGUACAGUGAGUACCAGAUCUGUUAAAGCUCCUUUCUCUUUCAUUCAUCUCAUCUCCACUGGCCUUGUCUCCUUCCUUUUUUUUCUCUUCUCUCCACUCUUCAUUUCUCCUCUCAUCUUGUCUCCUCUCCCCUCGUUUUACUUGUGCCUUGUCUCGUCUCGCCUCCUCCUCUCCUUUCUUCUCCAUUCCUUGUGCCUUGUCUCCUCUCCUCUCUUCUCAUGUCCUCCCUCUCUCUUCUUUCUCUCCUGCUCUCGGGUCAGUCGAGUCUGUGCCUUCUUUAUUUGCUGCCCCACUUUGUUAAGAAACUCUCAGCCCAGCCAUCCGAUUGGCCCCUCGGUUCUGCCCGGGGAUGAAGCCAUAUUGAUCCUGAGUGGUAUCACAGCUAAAUUGGUUGUAUUUUCCACCCGGACUGUAGCUGCAGAGGGAGGACAUUCAGACACACUGACCUCCAUCUGCACUGGCACCUAAGGAAAGGAGUUAAAUGCUGCUUUACAACCCCACAUCAGCCAAAGGGCUCUGGGUCUGCAAAGACACUCUGAAUGUAUACUUAUUGUUUAAGUGCAUGCUUAUUCAAAUUUUUGACAAUCAUAAAUUACACUGGGUUACAUUUGCAUUCAGACCUGUCAGUCUUUGAGUGGGGAUUUGCUGCUUUAUUUUCUUUUUUUUGCAUUGUAUGUAUUCCUGUAUCUCCCCUGUGUUUUCCACAAGCACUCUUGUCUGUGAGAUGUUGAGGUAUGUCCGCUGCUAUGUUCUUCUCUUGUCUUGGGUUGUCAAUUGCCUCCCUUAUGCUGAACAUAGAAUAGGUUUUUAAGAAAAAGUCAAUGUACUAAUUAAAAACAAAAUCUUCUGACCGAA